AAAGAUAACGAACCGCAACCGAAUACUGGAGUUUGUAAAGUUCGCGUUACGACUCUAAGCUGGUAAUUGCAGUCAAAACCAGUUCGGCGUACAAGGUUUAGCCUUUAGCAGUAGCAAGUCUCAAGCAGUCGGAAAAUCUGCCACAUUUUCAUCAUGACAGAAAGAAAGAAGGUUUCGUUUGGUGGGAGCUCCACCUCGGGAGACUCAGAUGAAAACUCAUCGGUUUUUUCCAAUGAGGGAGCCAUAGAUGUGUCGACGAGAGACCGAAAAAAAUCACGUGCUAUUAGGAGAUUGUCAAUGGGCUCGGUAAGAAGUAAAGAAGGGGAAACAGAGGCUGUAACGCGUGUGGAGUCAGUGAAAAAGGACAAUAAACUUCAUCAACUUAUCCUGGCUGGGAACGAGGAAGAAGCGAAAAAGAUCAUCGCAAAAGGAAAUGAUACAAACGGUCAAGAUAGCUCGGGUAAGACUCCUCUCCACACAGCCAUCUUAGCAAAACAGUUCAGCAUUGUUGAAAUGCUAUUAGAGCAAAACGCUGACGUCACUUUGAAAGAUGACGCGGGCGACUCAGUGUUGCACACUGCCAUACGAGUUGGAAGUGAGAGACUGGUACAGGUUCUCAUCGAACGUGGCAGAUGCAAUGUUGCGACUCCGGGGAGAAAUUCGGCCACUCCCCUGCAUCUUGCCGCCGAGAUGGACAACGUAGCUAUCUGCAAGAUUCUGGUAGAGAACCACGCCUCAUUGUCACCAUUGGAUGCUGAGCAAAUGUCACCUGUUGCUAGGGCAGUUGAAAGAGGAGCUCAAAAGUCGACCCAAUAUUUGUUACAAAAAGCGGAAGAAGAGACAGGUUCUGUGGAGAGUUUCAAAUAUAACGUUGAUGUAGAUGGCAGCUCUCUCCUUCACUUGGCUGUAAACAGCGGAAUUUUAGGGGUUGUGGAGAUAUGUGUCCAGUAUGGAGUUCGGAUCAGACUACCAAGGAGAGAAGAUAAAAUAACAGCAUUUCACAUGGCGUGCGAACAGGGAUCCUUGCCGAUAGUGAAAUACCUCGUCAGCGAAGACCCCGCGCUCUGCAGAAUAACUCUUCUCGACUGUAAGGGGAGGACACCACUUCACGCAGCUGCUGGUAAAAACCACUCGCAGAUCGUAGAGUUCUUGCUGGAGAAUGAAGCAGCUGUAGACCCAAAGGAUGACGAGCGGCGUUCACCUUUGUUUCGGGCCGCAAAUUAUGGGGCACAUAAUGUGGUGAAGCUUCUGAUGGAUCGUGGAGCCGAUGUCACCGUGCGGGACACAAUGCUUAAGUCAGUACUCCAUGCUGCUGUGGGAGAUGUGAAGUCUAUGGAAGCUUUGUUACAGAGUCCAACAGCUGCUGCACUCAUCACAGAGAAAGACGAGGAUGGUUUUUCACCAGUUCACUACGCGGCCAAAUCAGGGGACUUGAAGAAUAUCAGGUUGUUUGCAAACAAAAACCGAACAUCUCCUAGUGUUCUAUCUAACAGCUUGGACACUCCAAUCCAUGUAGCUUCCAGAUACGGUUGGAAAGACGUUGUAGUGGCUCUUAUGGACAAUCAGAAUGUGAAAAUCAUCAAUUUGCGCAACAGUCAAGGAAAAACAGCUCUUCACUUUGCUUGUUCAGAGGGACAUGACCACACAGUGGAGACACUCUUAAGACUCGGUGCUACAAUAGAAAAAGAUCAGCUUGAGAGGACCCCGCUUCAUUUAGCCGCCACCAAAGGAUCCCUACUUUGCUGUCAGGUCCUUGUCCAAAAAAGUGAGGAAAGCAUCAAUGACGUGGAUAAAAACAAGAAUACAGCCAUGCACUUGGCAGCUAUCAACAAUCAUCCAGCAGUAAUGGAAUUUUUUCUGUCACAUGAAAAAGCUUCCAUUUUGAAGAAUGGAUAUAAUCAAAGUGUAGUGGACAUAGCUGUAUCUUUGGAGCUAAAAGAAGUUGCAGCGGUAAUUGCAAAACACGAUAGGUGGCGAGAGGCGCUUUCUAAGUCCACCACUGGUUUGGUUCCCAUCAUGGAUACGUUGAUCCGUAAGAUGCCCGAAGUAGCUGUGUUCUUCCUUGAUCGGUGCGUGGAGGAAAAGGGUGAAUCAGAAUCGGAAAAUUAUAUGGUGAAAUAUGAUCUGAACCUGGUUCAAGGGCAGUUCCCAGGAGAGCCUUUUAAAUCUGAUAAAAAAUCCCUCCAACUGAUCAAGAUAAUGGCAGAAUAUCGACGGGAACGUUGCCUCACCCAUCCCAUCAGUUUCAUGUUACUGAAUAUGAAAUGGAAAAAGUUUGGUUGGUGGACAUUUGGUUUGAACCUUGCCUCGUACUUCUUGUUUUUGAUUCCGUUAACUGCUUUGACGGUGUACGAUCGCGCUAAUGAAGAUAUCCUUUGCAAGAAAGACAAUUCAACUGAUUCUGGUUAUGAUGAGACAUGCACAACUUCAGAUGCGGUAACACAGGUUCUAAGCACUUUUGCUUUUAUUGCUUGUGUGGUUUUGAUUGGAAAGCAUAUUUUCUCGUUAGUUCGCAAGCGUGUUGCAUAUUUGAAAAACUUCUUGAAUUACGUGGAGUGGCUAUGCUACGUGGCGUCCAUCGUUUACAUCUUCCCCACUUGUGAUUGCAAGUAUGGCUAUAAACUGGAAGUAGGAGCAGUGGCUAUCUUCUUUGCCUGGAUGAAUCUCAUUCUUUACUUCAGGAGGUUGUCAUCUUAUGGUCAGUACGUUAUCAUGCUCACUACAAUGUUUGUGACUCUUGUCAAGGUUCUACUGUUGUGGAUGCUGUUUAUGAUGGCAUUUGGAACCACGUUUUUUCUGAUCGUAGAUAAAGAGCACUUCAACACUUUUGGAUAUGCCUUGAUGUCAAUGUAUGUUAUGACACUUGGAGAACUCAACUACCACGAUGAAUUCUUGCCCUGGGAUGAAUUAGCUUUCCCAACGCUAACGAAUGUUCUGUUCGUUAUUCUGGUUCUCGGGAUGCCUAUUAUCAUGAUGAAUAUGUUGGUUGGUCUUGCUGUUGGUGAUAUCGACAAAAUCCAACAGAAUGCUUUGAUGGAUCGCUAUGUUUUACAGGUUCAGUUACUACUUGACAUUGAAAAUUCUAUGCCGAUGUUUAUCCUUAAACAUGUGCAAGUGCCAAGCUAUUCAGAAUACCCGAACCACUCCAAGACACUCAAACAAAAGUUGGUGGAUGCCCUUAUUUCUUUUGGCAAGCCCGAGUCUACUGAAGUGGAAGAAGAAGAGAAGCUGUCGCCGGGAAUGGUGGCGAUCAUUGGAAGACUGGACGAACAAGAGCAAAGAGCCGACAAAUUGUACGACUUAUUAAAAGAGCAGUCAGAGAUGCUGAAAGAACUUAACAAUCGGGGUCGAGAGGAGGCGGUCCGAGCAGAAAAACAGGCUGAGGACAAGAAAGAGGACAACAGCGGAAAACUGGGGUUGUUUAGAUUUUAGCCCUAGAGUUCCUUUACAUACAUUGUAGCCUUAUGUCUCCAAAAACCAACAUAUAACUCGACUUACACCCUCAGUUUUUAUCCAGAGGAAUAAACAUAACUAGGGGAAUCAUUUUAAAAUGCGAUGCUACCUCAGGCUUGAACUUCUCAGCCGUCAGUAAAAAAGAAGAAAAAUAACUGUUUUAGGUGUCAUUUAGUUCAAGUUUUAGGUUUGUAGAUCAUGGAAAUCGUUGCUGCCCCAUUCCAGUUUUUAUAGAUUGCCUAUGUUUUUAUUGCUAACAAGCGAACUACUAAGAUUGACUAUUUUCCUAUUUUUUCUUUGGUGCACACGCAAUUUAAAGCAGGUUGUGAAGAACAUUGCACACGGAUCAAAGGUUCAGUUAUUUGGUUCUAGGUUAGUCAGUCACACUGUCCAGUCACUUUGCUUGUUUUCACUUUCUGUUCUGAUUGGCCCCUUUUUCUCUGUGAGAGUCUUGAUAUGGUGAUGGCUUUUACGGUUUACGGAUGAUAUCAUUCCUUUGCGGUCAUAGAAAAAUUUCUGCGGUUGAUUUUUUUUUUACUAUUAGCGCUUAAAAUUUGCCAAUUUUUUACGCCUAACUGCAAAAAUAUUUUGUUCGUUUUACGGCUAACGGUUAACCCCAUCGAGAAGAUUCUCUUUCUCUUCGGUUGCAGGCUCAGCUCAAGAGCUCAAGCUUAAGAGCUGGAAGAAAAAUUGUAAUUAACUUAUGGAGUGGUUCUAUAUGUAUUGCUAUCAUAAUUUUAAACAGCAGAUAAUUUAUAGACUGGAAGAUUCAAUUUUAAAUUUCAAAUGUAAUGUUUCCUAAUCAGGAUUUCUUAAAAAUUGGUUGUCAGAGGAAUUGAAAUUCGCGCCAUGAUCAUAGGUGAAUUUUCAUUUUUUUUAUAAGUAAUAAUAUGCCCCAACAUCGAGGCGAACUUUAUAAAAGUUAAGAAAAUUAUUAAAGUUAAAAAAGUAAGAAA